UGUGUAGACUGAGGCAUACUUUUACCAUUUAUUUUUUGGCAAUAUUGUUUUGCAUGACCUCACGCAUAAAAUGGAUGGAUGUUGCUGUCUUAUUGGGUGAGGGAGGGGCUUGGAGGGCCAGGAUUUGGGACUAGAAGAAUGUUUAAAAAAAAAAGACUGAAUAGAGGGGAAAAAGUUUGUUUGAGGCAUUCCCAAUUAACUUAUCCCACACACGUUUGCACGGGAGACACUUCCUUCUCCCUUCACUCUCAGCCAAUCAGGGCCCUUUUCCGUCGACUUCAUUUCCCCGUGUGUCAGUUGUCAGGUCCCUCACCUCUCUUCCCACUGUCCCCGCUAUCCUUCUCUGUUCCUCCCAGUCUCCCCAUCAAACCCCGCGCCUCCCCUUCGCAGGGAGGCUCGGCUUGGGCUUCCCGGGCUUUCCUCCCCCUAGGACUAGCACGGGCCGGGCCCCACCCACAGCCAGGCACCAAUCAGAUGUUCCCUUCGGGCUUUGGAGCUUUCAGUGGCCCGGGGCUUCCUAGCCCCGCCCCCCGGAAGCGAACUUGGGCACUUUUGCCUUUCAGGAAAUUUGUCCCCCGCGCUAUUCCGUAGCCAGGUUCCGCUUCUUUUCUGCUUCCUCCGCUGCCAUGGCGGCUGCUCCGCCGCUCUCCAAAGCGGAGUAUCUGAAGCGUUACUUGUCAGGGCCCGAGGCAGCUGCGGAUGCGGGGUCGGAGGCUAGUCGUAAGCGCCGGAAGAAACGGCCGAAGCAGACUGGUGCCGGAGGCAAAGGAAUGAGGAUUGUGGACGAUGAUGUGAGCUGGGCAAAUAUUUCAACUAAGAUGGAAAAAGAAGAGGAGGAAGAUGAGGGAGAUUUGCCUGUGGUGGCUGAAUUUAUUGAUGAACGCCCAGAAGAAGUGAAGCAAAUGGAGGCAUUCCGGACCAGUAAUAAGUGGAAGCUCUUAGGAGAACAAAAGCAAGAUCUGUCCCCACUCAGGAGGGCUCGUCAUGACUCCCCAGACUCUUCACCUGCAAAAAGGGUCUGUCAUGACUCUCCGGACACAUCGCCUCCCAGGAGGACCCGUCACGACUCUCCAGACUCCUCACCUCCUAGAAGGGCCCGUCAUGAUUCACCAGAUUCCUCACCUGCAAAGAGAGCCCGUCAUGACUCCCCAGACUCCUUAUCUCCCAAGAGGGCUCGUCAUGAUUCACCAGAACCCUCACCCCCUGGGAGGGCCCAUCGUGACUCCCCAGACUCUUCACCCCCCAGGAGGGCCCGUCAUGACUCCCCAGACUCCUCACCCCCCAGGAGGGCCCGUCAUGACUCCCCAGACUCCUCACCCCCCAGGAGGGCCCGUCAUGACUCCCCAGACUCCUCACCUCUCAGGAGGACCCGCCAUGACUCUCCAGACUUAUCACCACCCAGGAGAUUCCAUUCUCAUCUUUCAGAUUUAGCUCCUGAGGUUUGUCAUUCACUGUCUAGUAAAGACCCUGCUAAGUCCUCUCUUAGUCUGAAGGAGAAGAGCAGUAGACAUGGGGAUGAAUCUUCUCAAGUUAAAAAUCAAUCACCUUCCUCUCCUAGGCCAGGGAAACAGCUCCAUAACUCCAGAGACUCUUCUCCUAGCCAUAGGAAAUUCCAGAUAAACUCUUCAACCAAGAAACACCAGAAGCAUGAUAUAGAUUCUUCUCUUCCUGCAAAGAGCAACCAGCAGGACUCAGAUUCAGACCUGUCUCCUCCCCGGAACAAGCAGAAACGAGACUCUGACUCGGACCUCUCCCCACCAAGAAGGAAGCAGAAAACCAAAUCUUCCGAUUCAGAUCUCUCUCCACCUCGAAGGAAUCCGUCUUCUGGAGCAAAGGCCACGCAAAUGUUUUCUGGGGCCAAAACUGGGUUGGUGUCUGAUGUCAGGAGAGAGCAGCAGGAGCUCAGGAGGCAGGACCAAGAAACCAAACAUUUGGAAGCUGAAUUCCAAAAUGCUGAAACCAUUUUUCGAGAUAAGUCUGGCCGCAAGAGGGACCUGAAGCUGGAACGAUUAGAGCAACGACGAAAAGAAGAGGAGGAGUCAGAGAAAAAUGAGCAGUAUGCUCAGUGGGGAAAGGGCCUUGCCCAGAGCCGACAGCAGCAACAGAAUGUAGAAGAUGCAAUAAAGGAGAUGCAGAAGCCAUUGGCCCGUUACAUCAAUGAUGAGGACCUGGAUCAGAUGCUCCGAGAGCAGGAGAGGGAGGGUGACCCCAUGGCCGACUUCAUUAAGAAGAAUAAGGCCAAAGAGAACAAGGAUAAGAAAGAAAAGCCUCGCUACAAUGGCCCUGCACCUCCCCUCAACAGAUUCAAUAUCUGGCCUGGGUAUCGCUGGGAUGGUGUGGACAGGUCCAAUGGCUUUGAGGAGAAGCGUUUUGCCAGACUUGCCGGCAAGAAAGCUAUUGAGGAACUUGCCUAUAAAUGGAGUGUUGAGGAUAUGUAGCUCUUGUAACUGAGCAAUGGCUGUAGGUUCUGGUGGUGGGCAAAGACAGAGAAACCAUCCAGGGAGGGCCAAGGCGAAUAGUUUACACAGACUAGCCAUUCAUCUUGCCACCAGCGGCCCUGGAAGAGAGCUUAGACUUUGAUUUCUGCUCCCUGCUUGGGGGCAGCGCCAUGACCCAGGGAGAUGUCCAUGUUCUUCAGCCAUUCACACAGCUGUUUCUACUAUCUUUUAAGUGACAUAUGCACCACUGAGGGUCAUACAAGUGCCCCAGAGUUCAUUCUUCAUUGGUUUUUUUUUUUUU